AGCCGCAGGAGAGGAGAGGCGCCUCCGCAGCCGCCAUUAAACAAUAGCUGGGGGAAGGCGGAGCGGCGCGCACGGGUGUCCGUCUCCUUUUUGGCUGGGGCCAGGCCGGAGUCCGCGGGGAGGGUCGCAUCCGGAGCCGAGGGAGCCGGGGAGCGCGGGAGCAAGACCCGGAGCGAGAGGAGGAGCGAGAUCGGGAGCGCAGAGAGAGAGGGGCGCGCGUGUGCGUCUGCGCCCAACCUCGCCAAACCUCGCCAAGGACGCAUCUCCGGGGCCCUGCUUUCCAGGCGCAAAAAGCAAGGAGGCCGUGCGCCUCGCGAGGUUUUGGGGUCUUAUUUUUCUCCUUUUCCGCCCCUUCUUCUUCCCACCUCCGGAGCUGCUGCUUGCGGAGGAAGGAGCCGCCGGAGCAGCCCAGAAAAGCCAGGGGGAAAGGAAAGCGAGCGCGCGCUCUCCGGGCCUGCUUUGCGGACGCCUUUGGCGCAAGCGGGAGGAAGCGCGCUCCGCAUCCGCCGCCGCCGCAGCCCUGCGCUUCGGAUCGGGGCCUGACAUGAUGUUUCCUCAAAGCCGGCACUCGGUGAGGGGGGGGGGGGAGAGAGAAGCGAGGGGAGGGGAGUUGGCUGCAAAGAGGGCGGGGGCGCGAGGGAUUGGGGUGCCCGUCCGGGAGGGGGGGAGGGAAAGGGCGGGGUGCCAGGGGGGAGGGGUUGGGUGCUGAGUAGGGGGGGUUGCGGUCCAAGGGAGGAGAGGGUUGGGGUUCUCGGAGAAGGAAGGAGGGGGGUUUGGGGUGCCGGGAGAGGAGAGGAGUAGGGUGCUAUGGGAAAGAGGGGGGCCACGAUUGGGGUGUCGGAAAGGGGUGGGGUGCAAAGGGGAAAUCGAGGGAGGAGAGGAGAUUAGGAGGGGUUGGGGUGACGGGGAAGGAAAUUUGGGGGGGGUAAUGGGGAGUUUGAGGUGCCGGGGUAGAGGAUUGGGGUGCCCAGAGAAGGAAGGACGGGUUUGGGGUGCUAAGGAAAGGGGGAAGGAUUGGGGUGCCCACAGGGAGGAUCGGGGCGCCAGGCGGAAGGGCAACUGGUUGUAAAGAGAGCAAGGAGGCAGGAAGAGGUUGGGGUGCCCAGAGGGGGAAUUUGGGGGGAGGGGUUUGGGGUGCCAGGGAGGGGUUUGGGUGUCAAGGAGAGCAGUGGGAAGAUUAGGGUGCAAGGAGGGGAAGAGGAAGGGAAGGAGGAGGUUGGGGUGCUUGGGGAGGGUUGGGGUGUUCAAGGGAAACUCCCCAGGCCGGAUGUGAGAAAGGGGAGCAGCUGACGCCUUCCUCCUGCACGUGUCCAGGGCUGGGGGGGGGGGGUGGCGACAGGGGAGAGAUAGUUUCCAGGCUGGCUUUUGGCCCAGGAAGUGGAGCAGCGGCGGGGGGGGGGGGUUCUUUGGGGUGCAGUUGUGGGGGUUGUGGCCCAUUGGAGUGCCUUGAGAAAUGAGGGAGGGGUCCCCUUGAAGGAGGGGUAGAGAGUGAUCGGAUGAGUGGGUUGUUUUUAGUGCUGUUACACACACACACACACACACACACACACACAGAGACCUUAGGGUGAAGGGUUGCAUAGCAAGUACCGUAUUUUUCGCUCUGUAAGACGCACCAGACCACAAGACGCACCUAGUUUUUGGAGGAGGAAAACAAGAAAAAAUAUAUUCUGAAUCUCAGAAGCCAGAACAGCAAGAGGGAUCACUACGCAGUGAAAGCAGCGAUCCCUCUUGCUGUUCUGGCUUCUGUGAUAGCUGCGCAGCCUGCAUUCGCUCCAUAAGACGCACACACAUUUCCCCUUACUUUUUAGGAGGGGAAAAAGUCUUAUAGAGCAAAAAAUACGGUAAGUUAAUAUUAUUAUUAUUGUUAUUAGUAUUAUCGCCCUUGAUUUACUCAUUUCCUCAAGGCGAUUUGCAACAUUAGGUAAUUUUUAAAAGCAGGGUUUUGUUUUGUUUUCUAACAAACAAACAAAGCUGUGAGUUUAUCCCAAGACUGAAUGAAGGGCGGUGAAAUAGUUAAAUGGUGGUUAUUUGUGAAGUUGUGGUUAGAGCAUCAGGCUGGGACCAGGACCAGGGUUCGAAUUCUCCCACUAGGCCAGGACUCUCUCUCUCUCGGUGACCUAGUUGGCCGGUCGCUCCUUCUCAGCGCUGUUGCUUGGGAUUAAAUGAGGACGGGGGAGAGAAACCCGUUUGCCGCCUUGAGCUCCUUUGAGAGGGAAAAAGGAGGCAAAUGCAAUUAAAAUAUCCAAAAUAUCUGGAUCUAAAUGGGCUGGGAUGGAGCCUUGAAAGGCAGCAGAUCGGAUCGAGAUUGCAAAGCUCCACACACCCCUUAUCUAAGCACAGCAGGUUUGGGUCCCCUAAACAUUCUGACAAAAUAAAACCGGGCUCCUCUCCUGUAGAAAGCUAGCAAGCCAGGCUGCAGUCCUCAUCCUGAUGAGCUAGAUUUCCGGGCGAACGCUUUUUCAAAAUGAAAUAAAAUAUGGGGAGUGUUUUUGGACACACAAACUUCUGCUUUGUAUGAAGACGCCCCCCCACUACAUCCAGCACCCCUCUCCUUCCGGAAGCAGCUCCUGCAGUGACCAGCCAGCUUCCUGGGAUCACAGAGUCAUGUCUUUGGAUAGCAUAAAAAGGUAAAGGGACCCCUGACCAUUAGGUCCAGUCGUGACCGACUCUGGGGUUGCGGCGCUCAUCUCGCUUUACUGGCCGAGAGAGCCGGCGUACAGCUUCCGGGUCAUGUGGCCAGCAGGAGUAAGCCGCUUCUGGCGAACCAGAGCAGCGCAUGGAAACACCGUUUACCUUCCCGCCGGAGCGGUACCUAUUUAUCUAGUUGCACUUUGCUGUGCUUUCGAACUGCUAGGUUGGCAGGAUCAGGGACCGAGCAACGGGAGCUCAGCCCAUCACGGGGAUUCGAACCGCCGACCUUCCGAUCGGCAAGCCCUAGGCUCUGUGGUUUAACCCGCAGCGCCAGCCGUGUAGUAGUUGCAUUUAUAUCCCAACUUUCGUCUAAGGAGCUCUAGGUGGCAUGCAUGUUUCUCCUCAUUUUAUCCUCACAACAACCGUGUCAGGUAGGUUAGGUUGUGGGUCUGAGGUCACCACCCGAGUGGAGAUUCGAACCCUGGUUUCCCAGGGAAUAGUCCGGAACGCUCGCUGCUACAACAUCCUGGCUCUUGCAAGCAGUGCAUUAUACAAUGCAUUAUAUGUAUAGUGUGGCCUCUUUGCUGUGGAGGAAUCGCAAGAUUUUUAACAGUACGUAGCAUACAUUCACUACUGCCGCUGUUCACAGUACUCACACACCAUCAAAUUUGAUGGGGUUGGAAAGACCUCCACCAAUUUUGGAGUUCCAAAUCUGGAAUCAGCACCUACUGGUCUGUGCCAGUGACGUCACGCAUUCCCAGCAGCACUGUAUCCACCUCCCCUUGUGUGAUGGCUGGGCAAGAAACCUGUCUGGGGACAGGGAGAGAAUUCGGCGCCUAAUUAUUUCCCCCGUUUUCGUUCCUCGGGUUAAGUAAGGAAGAUGGGGAUGUCGUUUUCCAAGCUUGCCUAUUACCCAUCUCUGCCGUUGUCAAAUGGUUAAAAUAAUGGUUAUAUUCCAGGGUUCUUCGCACUUGCCCCAGCAAUUGAAGUUCACAACGUCAGAUUCCUGUGACCGGAUUAAGGAUGAGUUUCAGCUGCUGCAAGCUCAGUAUCACAGGCAAGUUUCCUUUUGACUCCCUUCGCGGAAAACGCCUACCGUAUUUUUCGCUCUAUAAGACGCACCUAGUUUUGGGAGGAGGAAAAAAAGAAAGAAAAUAUUCUGAAUCUCAGAAGCCAGAACAGCAAGAGGGAUCGCUGCGCAGUGAAAGCAGCGAUCCCUCUUGCUGUUCUGGCUUCUGGGAUAGUUGCGCAGCCUGCACUCGCUCCAUAAGAUGCACACACAUCCCCCCUUACUUUUUAGGAGAGAAAAAGUGAGUCUUAUAGAGCAAAAAAUACGGUAGUUCUUAUUAAUGGUUAUGUCAGUUUUUUCAAAAAAUAAAUAAAUCACGGGAGAGAUGAGGAACCUCAGCCCCGAGGAGUAAAUGUGGCCCUCUGGACCCCACGAUCAGGCCCCCUGCAAUUCUCCCAGGCCACGCCCCUCUUCCUAAGCCACACCCCCAACCUAGACCAUGUCCUUCUACCUAUUCCGCUUGCAUCCCACGAUAGAGAAUAGAUUGAGAUAUCCGUGGAGGAACCAGCCUGCGAUGGUUGAAACAGAUUUAUUUAUUUAUUUUGGAAUCACUUUCAUUGAUUUUACAAAUGCAAAGUACAGAUAAACAAAACGAAAAGAAAAACACAUAUCUAUAUAAAGAGAUUCUCCGAAUCUCGGGACUUCCCCCCCAAAGAAAAUUGGAGUCUCAUUUUAAUAAUAAUAAUUUUUAUUUAUACCCCACCCUUCCCAGCCAAGGCUGGGCUCAGGCAAUAAUAAAAACAAGUUGAAUGAAUACAAUUUACAAACAAAAUUAAAAUACAACAUUAAAAUAUUGAAACAUUAAAAUAUUAAAAUGCAGCCUCAUCGCAGGAGGAGAAAGGAAAAAGAAAAAAGAAAGAGAGGGAGGGAAUCAAACUGGCUUCAAGCCAAAGGCCAGGCGGAACAACUCUGUCUUACAGGCCCUCCGGAAAGAAAUCAGAUCCUGCAGGGCCCUGGUCUCAUGAGACAGAGCGUUCCACCAGGUCGGAGCCAUCACUGAGAAGGCCCUGGCUCUGGUUGAAGCUAGUCUAACUUCCUUAGGGCCCGGGACCACUAGGGUGUUGCUAUUUAUGGACCUUGAGGCUCUCUGUGGGGCAGACCGGGAGAGGCGGUCCCGUAGGUACGAGGGUCCUAUAAACAUCUAUGACUGCAUAUCCAUCCAUACUCAUCCCAUUUUUAUGCCAAACCAUAUUCUCCAUAAUAAUUCCUGCACUAAGAGUGAAAUCAAAAUCCUGCUCUCGUCUCCAUCAGCUUAAAAUGGCCUCCUAAAUAACUUAUAAUUUUUCCCCUAGUGUUUUUUAUCCUCUUGGUUUCUGGGUUUUCUUUUUCCCCAAAAAUAUUGAUUUUCCAAAUAUUUUAAACAAACAAACAUAGAUCUUAACUGUACUUAAUCCAAUCUUAGUAACAUUGUUAAAUGACUUCCUCAAAUCCUCCUGGCUGAGUUUCAUUGUAUAUCAUUGUCACAGUUUUCCAAAACCAGUUUUCUCAUAAAAUUAACAGUCACUUAGCAUCUUUUUUCCUUUUCCUUUUAACUUUAAACAUUUUAUUCUCUAACAUCACAUUUUAAGUCCUAAGUCCAUCUGGUAUUUGCAAUUUUUCCAAUUAAGUUAUCUUAGCAUAUUUGACUUAAAUAGUCUUUGAAUUUCAUCCAUUCCUCCUGGUACUCCUCCUCCUUCUGGUCGCGAAUUCUUCCGGUCAGGUUGGCUAUCUCCGAAAAGUCCAUCAUCUUCAUCUGCCAUUCCUCCACUUUUGGGACUUUUUGUGUUUUCCAAUUCUUAGCUAACGAAAUUCUAGCUGCAGUUGUGGCAUACAAAAACAAUCUUGGGCACUUCCUAACCUGUUAUUCCAAGAAGAAAGGCCUCUGGUUUCUUAAUAAAUGUAAACAUUUUCUUCAAUUCAUUAUAAAUCUUUUCCCAUAAGUCUUUCACCUUGGGGCAAGUCCACCACGUGAUAAAAGGUACCCUCUUUUUCUUUACAUUUCCUUGUUUUUGAGUUUUCCCGUCAGUUUUGCCAUCUCGGCAUAGUCCGUCACCUUGGUUUGCCAUUUUUCUCUUAUUUUCUUUCCAUCUCUGAGCUAGUAACAUCCGGGCGGCUGUUGUUCUAUACAUUUUGUUGUUGUUUAGUCAUUUAGUCGUGUCCACCUCUUCGUGACACCCUGGACCAGAGCACGCCAGGCCCUCCUGUCUUCCACUGCCUCCCGCAGUUUGGUCAAACUCAUGCUGGUCGCUUCGAGAACACUGUCCCACCAUCUCGUCCUCCGUCGUCCCCUUCUCCUUGAGCCCUCCAUCUUCCCCAACAUCAGGGUCUUUUCCAGGGAGUCUUCUCUUCUCAUGAGGUGGCCAAAGUCUUGGAGCCUCAGCUUCAGGAUCUGUCCUUCCAGUGAGCACUCAGGGCUGAUUUCCUUCCAAAUGGAGAGGUUUGAUCUUCUUGCAGUCCAUGGGACUCUCAAGAGUCUCCUCCAGCACCAGAAUUCAAAAGCAUCCAUUCUUUGGCGAUCAGCCUUCUUUAUGGUCCAUCGCUCACUUCCAUGCAUCACUACUGGGAAAACCAUAGCUUUAACUAUACGGACCUUUUUUGGCAAGGUGAUGUCUCUGCUUUUUAAGAUACUUGUCUAGGUUUGUCAUUACUUUUCUCCCAAGAGUUCUAUACAUAAAAAGUCUGGUAUUUUGGUACCUAAUGGAAAAGUUUCUGGUUACUCAUCCCCCCACACAUUUUGGCUUCUGGCCCCAUCUGCUAUUGGCAGGCUGGCCCUGGAAGGUUGCCCAGGAAGCAAUCCGGCCCUCAGGGUGGAAAAGUCUCCCCUCCAGGCGGCCCUCGAUUGCUAUAUGAGCAGCGUGAUUUGGGGGCUCAGAGGAGCACCGGUAUCUAAAAACCAGGCAGGGGAAAACGACCUGAGAGCAGGGAUUCCGGAAGGCGGGUCAAGGUGAUAUUUUAUAGGAUGUCCGUUCUUAGAUGUAAAAGGUGUGGUGGCGUUCUUCCUCUCAGCAAUGAUGUUUAAAGGUAAAGGGACCCCUGACCAUUACGUCCAGUUGUGACUGACUCUGGGGUUGUGGCACUCAUCUCGCUUUAGUGGCCGAGGGAGCGGGCGUACAGCUUCCGGGUCAUGUGGCCAGCAGGACUAAGCCACUUCUGGCGAACCAGAGCAGCGCACGGAAACGCUGUUUACCUUCCCGCCAGAGUGGUACCUAUUUAUCUACUUGCACUUUGACGUGCUUUUGAACUGCUAGGUGGGCAGGAGCAGGGACCGAGCAAUGGGAACUCACCCCGUCAUGGGGAUUCGAACCGCCGACCUUCUGAUCCCACAGCGCCACCCGUGUCCCUUUUUCAAUGAUGUUUAGGGAAGCUUUUAAUGUUUAAUAGGUUAUUGUAUUUUAGUAUUUUGUUGGAAGCCGCCCAGAGUGGCUAGGGAAACCCAUCCAGAUGGGUGAGAUAUAAAUAAUAAAUUAUUAUUAGUAUUCUUAUCAUCAUCAUCUCUCUUUCUCUCCCCCCUCUCGCUCCUCCAUUGCGCCCAUUUCCCCCCUCCCAACCCAACCGGCAGCCUGAAGUUGGAAUGCGACAAGCUCGCCAGCGAGAAGUCUGAGAUGCAGCGCCACUACGUGAUGGUAGGUUUCGCACUCGCGGCCGGGCGCUCGCCGGGGCGGGAGAUGGCAGUGCCGCAAGGGGGGUUGCGGGGACGGACACAAGAUCAAGGCCCUGUUGGGGCGACACCGUUUUCAAACUAGCCGAGGUUAAAGAGCCUUUAACUCCUUGCCUUGGAAAGCUCAGACAAUAUAGGGCCCAUCCAUAGCUGUCAACUGUCCCUUAUUUGGCGGGAAAGUCCCUUAUCCCAGCGCUGUGUCCUGCUGCUGUCCCUUACUGAUGAUGUCUCUUAAAUCUCCCGGGUUUCAAAGGAAGCAGCUCCUCUCCCCCCCUCCCUGCCGGCCAGGGAGGAGGGAGGCUCCAACUGUGUUGCUUGGCUGCGUUGCUCACCCAAUAAGGAGUCUAAGAACGACUGGGGGGUGGAGCUUGCAUGUCUUGUGCCAAUCAAAUCGGCCGCAUUGCCUGGGGACCAGCCUUUGCUCAGCGCUUCCCAGCGGAGAGGUGACGGUGGUUUUCCUUGCUGCAUCCCCUUUGCGGGGUUGCUGCGCUGUGGGAACCACCGCUUGAGGCUUCGUUUGGCUGCUGGCUGGGCUUUCUGCCUUUGGCUCGGAGGGGCUCAGAAGUGGAACAUACCUGUGCCUGGAAAAUCCCUUAUUUUGGCUGCUGAUCCCUUAUUCUCGAGGCUGCUGAUCCCUUAUUUUCAAAUCUGCAAGUUGACAGCUAUGGUCCCAUUGUAUUGUCAAAGUUGGCUGGGGUUUCGGAUGGAACCAGCUCCCCCCACAGCGAUGCCUUUUGGGGUCGGGGGCUUCCGCAGUGCCAAGCAGGAGCCAUGUACCACGGGUGACAACACUUUGGAGGUCCCAGGUCGCAAGGUGGUUAGAUUGGUCUCAACUGGGGCCAGGGCCUUUUCGGCGCUGGCCCCGACUUGGUGGAACGCUCUGUCACAAAAGACCAGGGCCCUGCGGGAUUUGACAUCUUUCCGCAGGGCCUGCAAGACAGAGCUGUUCCGCCUGGCCUUUGGUUUGGACUCAGUCUGACCCUUAUGGUUUUGAUCUAUGGGCUACUAUUAAAAUGACGCUACAUUUUAAAUCAUAUUUUAACCUGUAUUUUAAAUUGGAGGUUUUUUAAAAUAAUUUUUUAUUGUAAUUUGACUGGUGUUAAGUAAAGGGACCCCUGACCAUUAGGUCCAGUCGUGGCCGACUCUGGGGUUGUGGCGCUCAUCUCGCUUUAUUGGCCAAGGAAGCCGGCGUCCAGCUUCCGGGUCAUGUGGCCAGCAGGACUAAGCCGCUUCUGGCGAACCAGAGCAGCGCACGGAAACGCCGUCUACCUUCCCGCCGGAGCAGUACCUAUUGAUCUACUUGCACUUUGACGUGCUUUUGAACUGCUAGGUUGGCAGGAGCAGGGACCGAGCAACGGGAGCUCACCCUGUUGCAGGGAUUCGAACUGCCGACCUUCUGAUCGGCAAGCCCUAGGCUCUGUGGUUUAACCCACAGCGCCACCCGCGUCCCUUGACUGGUGUUAGCUGCCCUGAAUAACAAUAAAAUCAAAGUUCAGAAAUCAAUUUAGAGGUAAUCCAUCUAAUAAGCAUUAGAUAAUUCACUGUCUGAAUUAGUCCUACUUGGGCCAGCGAGGAGCCAGGGGAAAAUUAGUGGGAUCCCAGAGCGUGUAAUCUUAAUAAAAAGGGGAGGGGGAGGAAAGGAAGGGGAAUAAAAGAUCAGGCUGAAUUCAAAUUAAAGGCCAGGCAGAAUAGCUCCGUCUUACAGCCCCGACGGAAGGAGCUUAAAUCCUGCAGGGCCCUGGUCUCAUGGGACAGAGCAUUCCACCAGGUCGGAACCAUCACUGAGAAGGCCCUGGCCCUGGUGGAGGAUAGUCUGACUUCCUUAGGGCCCGGGACCUCUAAACGAUCAGAAUUCCAGUAGACUUGUUAAUCUCUGGGUUGCGGGUUCGAGCCCACAUUGGGCCAAAGAUUCCUGCCUCGCAAGGGGGUUGGGCUGGAUGACCUCCUGGGGUCCCUUCCAAUUCUACGGUUCCGGGGUCCCAUGACAACAUUUCCGGUCAGGCAAAGCACUUGGGGCGCGAAGCAGAGUUCCUGGACCUGUGAUUCCCCUUUUCCUGAGGCGGGGAUUCCGUCUCGAUAUGAGCAGGCUAUUAAAAGGAUGGAUUAUAUUAGUUUUGAAUUUGAAAAAUACCCAAAAUGCAGAGAGGAUGAGGAUGAUUACAGUGGUACCUCGGGUUAAGUACUUAAUCCGUUCCGAAGGUCUGUUCUUAACCUGAAACUGUUCUUAACCUGAAGCACCACUUUAGCUAAUGGGGCCUCCUGCUGCCGCCGGAGCACGAUUUCUGUUCUCAUCCUGAAGCAAAGUUCUUAACCUGAAGCACUAUUUCUGGGUUAGCGGAGCCUGUAACCUGAAGCGUAUGUAACCCGAGGUACCACUGUAUCUCUAGACAUCUGGAACAUGGGAAGUCCCAAGAAAAUUUUUAUAAUUUGAAUAUAUAAUUGGUGUAUUGUUAAUAUUGUAAUUUGGAUCGAUUUGAUUUGUCGUUCGUUGGAAGGUUGUUACUGAAAAUGAAUAAAUUCCAUAACAACAACAAAAAGUACUUUUUGGAAAGGUUAAAGGGUGUCGUCAUCCGCCAACCAAAAAAAAAGGACAAAUUGGCUAUCUGAUUAUUAUUAUUAUUAUUAUUAUUAUUAUUAUUAUUAUUUAUAUCCCGCCCUCCCCAGCCAAAGCUGGGCUCAGAGUGGCUAACAAUAAAAGUAACACAGUUUACAUAAAAUAACAAUCAAGGGAAGGAGGGUCAAAUUUGGCAGGUAAGAGAAAUCUAAGCAUUGGGUUUCUAGUCUUAAAGAUUAGAAACUUAAAGAGAGCAUAUGGGGCAAUGUUUGGUGGGACCUCUCGGGGCUGAAUUUUUGCUCAGCGCCCCGAAUUGGCGCUUUGGUUUGUGAAACGGUUAUUGAAAUAAUAAUAAUAAUAAUAAUUUAUUAUUUAUACCCCGCCCAUCUGGCUGAGUUUCCCCAGCCGCUCUGGGCGGCUCCCAAUCGAGUGUUAAAAACAAUACAGCGUUAAGUAUUAAAAACUUCCCUAAACAGGGCUGCCUUCAGAUGCCUUUUAAAGAUAAGAUAGCUGCUUAUUUCCUUGACAUCUGAUGGGAGGGCGUGCCACAGGGCGGGCGCCACCACCGAGAAGGCCCUCUGUCUGGUUCCCUGUAACCUCACUUCUCGCAAGGAGGGAACUGCUAGAAGGUUCUUGGCGCUGGACCUCAGUGUCCGGGCUGAACGAUGGGGGUGGAGACGCUCCUUCAGGUAUACAGGACCGAGGCCGUUUAGGGCUUUCAAUUAGGCUGAGCGGAUGGGGAAUAUUCCGGGCUAGGGUGGGCCCAGCAGGCUUAAGGUCCCUGUCUCUCUCUGUGUGUUGGUGAUUCCAGUUCGAUGGCUUUUUGUUUCCCUCCGCCAGGGUGUCAUUAAGGGCGGCUGAAAAGAUUUCCAGAGCUCCAGCCGCGCGUCGGCGCUUCCCCUGGAACGGCGAGAUAAUAGGGAGAUGUAUUAUCUCCCAGGAAACUAUCAGCUAUAGAAAGGGGGUGGAGGGGGCGAGAACGAAGAAAAGAAUAGGGGGAAAAGCCAAACCACCAUCUGAUUCCAUGUGCGGCAGGAUUCUAUGCAGAGGCUGCACAGAAGCCACACAAAAAAAGGAAUCUGCGUUUUUGCCUUUUUGAAAAACCUCCUAGUCCACAUGAAGGUGGGAUUGGAUUCGUUUGAGAUUUUCCCCCCCCAUUCGCCUCCUUUAAGAGGACGGCUGCCCUCGCAAUGUGGUUUCCAAUAACACCCUCCCCACCAAAAUAUUAAAAUGUGAUUGUGUCUUUAAAAGCUUGAACGGCAAAUCUGGAUGCCCUCUAUGUGCCCCCGCCCCAGAAAAAAAUUUUCAGAGCAUCCCCUGGAGUAAAUUUGUGGUGGUGGUGAGGGGUGGCGAGAGAGAUGUACAAGUGCCGUCAUAGAACCACAAAGAAGUUAAAAGCUGUCCAGUAUAAGAUGGAUUGGGACGCGGGUGGCGCUGUGGGUUAAACCACAGAGCCUAGGACUUGCCGAUCAGAAAGUCGGCGGUUCGAAUCCCCGCAAUGACGGGGUGAGCUCCCGUUGCUCGGUCCCUGCUCCUGCCAACCUAGCAGUUCGAAAGCACGUCAAAGUGCAAGUAGCUAAAUAGGUACAGCUCCGGCAGGAAGGUAAAUGGCGUUUCCGUGUGCUGCUCUGGUUCGCCAGAAGCGGCUUAGUCCUGCUGGCCACAUGACCCGGAAGCUGUACACCGGCUCCCACGGCCAGUAAAGCGAGAUGAGCGCCGCAACCCCAGAGUUGGCCACGACUGGACCUAACGGUCAGGGGUCCCUUUACCUUUACCUAUAAGAUGGAAAUUGACAAGCUGGAAGGUUGAGUCUAGAAGCCGAGCCUGAUGAGGAACGGUUGAAGCAGCUAGGUAUGUUUAGCCUGGGAAAGGAGAGACUGAGAGGAGAGAAGAGAGCCCAGCUUCAAAUAUCUGAAGGGAAGAGGGGAGCGAGAUUGUUUUCUGCUUUUCCAAAGGGCAGGGCCCCGAACCUACGGGUUCAAAAUUGCAAGAGAGGGAGAUUGCAAGGAAACGUUAGGGAGAGCUUUCUGGCGGUAAGAUCACCAGAGGAACAGGCUUCCUCAAGAGGUGGUGGACUCACACCCCUUUGAGUUUUGUAAGCAGAGGUUGGCUGUCUUCAGCUAUGACUCCUGCAUCGCAAGGGUUUGGGCUAGAAUAUCAGGGGUCAGCAAACUUUUCCAGCCAUGGGCCGGUCCACCGUCCCUCAGACCUUGUGGGGGGCCAGACUAUAUUUUGGAGAAGGAAAAAAAAUGAACGAAUUCCUAUUCCAAACAAAUAACCCAGAGAUGCAUUUUAAAUAAAAGCACACAUUCUACUCAUGUAAAAACAUGCUGACCGUCUGCAGGCUGGAUUUAGAAGGUGAUUGGGCUGGAUCCGGCCCCCGGCCAUUAGUUUGCCUACCCAUGGGCUAGUCAGGGGUCAGUGGCCUUUUUCAGCUGUGGGGCAGUCCACUGUCCCUCAGACCUUGUGGGGGGCUGGACUAUAUUUUGAAAAAAGGAAUGAACAGAUUCCUAUGCCCCACAAAUAACCCAGAGAUGCAUUUUAAAUAAAAGGACACGUUCUACUCAUGUAAAAACACCAGGCAAGCCCCACAAAUAACCCAGAGAUGCAUUUUAAAUCAAAGGGCACGUUCUACUCAUGAAAAACACGCUGAUUCCCGGACCGUCCGCAGGACGGAUUUAGAAGGCGAUUGGGCCAGAUCCAGCCCCUGGGCCUUAGUUUGCCUACCCAUGGGCUAGAUGAUCUUUGGGGGGGAGUGUCCCCUUCCAACUCCACGAUUCUUAACAGCGCCCCGCAGGCAUGAAAGAUUUCACCAGCGGAACAAGUCUCUUCCGGCCGAAUGAAUUUAUCGUUCGCUGCUGCUGCUGCUAUCAUUUGCUACCGUUAGCCUAGUUAAAAACCAAACAAAGACACACAGAGGUCUGCCGUGUGGUUAUCUAGAUUACAGUGGUACCUCGGGUUAAGUACUUAAUUCGUUCCGGAGGUCCGUACUUAACCUGAAACUGUUCUUAACCUGAAGCACCACUUUAGCUAAUGAGGCCUCCCGCUGCGAUUACUGUUCUCAUCCUGAAGCAAAGUUCUUAACCUGAAGCACUAUUUCUGGGUUAGCGGAGCCUGUAACCUGAAGCGUAUGUAACCCGAGCUACCACUGUAUAUACGGGAUGAGCCUUGAGUCUUGAUCCGUGCAAACUCAUCCUCACGGACGUCUCAUUGCGGUAGCAAAGUAGAGCUUCCAGGUACAGGGUUGGUGUAUCUGAAAUAGGUGAAGGAGCAGAAGAAGGCUAAGGUGAUUCUUACCCUAUUUUGCUGUUGUUCUUUUCCUUCCUCAAAUCCUAACUCUUCCUCUCCAUCUCCUCUACCCCUUCCAGUACUACGAGAUGUCCUAUGGGCUAAAUAUUGAAAUGCACAAACAGGUAAGGCGCAGCUUUGUAGGCCUCAUGGCGGUUUACCCUUAACUCAGCUUGCCCCCAGACCGCAGGGUCCCUUAGCCAGCCCCUCUGUUGUCUCCCUGUAGGGAAGAAUGGAGCAAGUCCUUUUUUUGACUUAGAGCCUGCUCAGGUCUGCAUUGAGCUGUGGUUUCUUUUUUAAAAAACAAAAAUUAGUAUUUUUAAUGGCAGAAAGUGAGUAGGAAUUAAAGAACCUUUUAAUGAGGGUGAAAGAGGAGAGCGCAAAAUAUGGUCUGAAGCUCAACAUCAAAAAAACCCAAGAUCAUGGCCACUGGGCCCAUCACCUCCUGGCAAAUAGAAGGGGAAGAAAUGGAGGCAGUGAGAGAUUUUACUUUCUUGGGCUCCAUGAUCACUGCAGAUGGUGACAGCAGCCACGAAAUUAAAAGACGCCUGCUUCUUGGGAGGAAAGCAAUGACAAACCUAGACAGCAUCUUAAAAAGCAGAGACAUCACCUUGCCAACAAGGGUCCGUAUAGUUCAAGCUAUGGUUUUCUCAGUAGUGAUGUAUGGAAGUGAGAGCUGGACCAUUAAAAAGGCUGAUCGCCGAAGAAUGGAUGCUUUUGAAUUAUGGUGUUGGAUGAGACUCUUGAGAGUCUCAUGGACGGCAAGAAGAUCAAACCUCUCCAUUCUGAAGGAAAUCAGCCCUGAGUGCUCACUGGAAGGACAGAUCCUGAAGCUGAGGCUCCAAGACUUUGGCCACCUCAUGAGAAGAGAAGACUCCCUGGAAAAGACCCUGAUGUUGGGGAAGAUGGAGGGCACAAGGAGAAGGGGACAACAGAGGACGAGAUGGUUGGAUAGUGUUCUCGAAGCUACCAGCAGGAGUUUGACCAAACUGCGGGAGGCAGUGGAAGACAGGAGGGCCUGGCGUGCUCUGGUCCAGGGGGUCACGAAGAGGCGGACACGACGAAACGACUAAACAACAACAAAUGCUCUCUCUCCCCCAGAAACAAAUGCAUAUUUGUAUGCAUUUUGUCCUCAAAAUACUCGUUUUUGCAUACCCUUUCCCUCCUAAAAUGCACAGUUUAGGCACGCUUUUCUCUUAAAAUAUACUGGGGUUUUUGCAUCAGUGGUGAAAGCGUUCAGUUUUCCAAUAAAACGAUUAAGCGGUCUUCCUUCCCUACUUAACGACACUCCUUAGUUUCACCGUAUAUACCACAUCCCAUAUUUUUGAUAUCAAAUCCUCUGUAACAUCAAACGUUUACAAUGACCCUGUAAAAUAAGCCAGUGUCUACAAUCCCAGAGCUAAGAUUUGUGAAUUCAUAGGUGAGGUGAGAUUAAGUCACAAAAGUGGCUAGUGUACAUUUUCCCCCCAAACUGGUGUCUUCCAGAUGUUUUGGGCUGCACCUCACAUCAGCCCUGGCCUGCACCACUGCCACCACGGUGUUUGAAAGACUUGAGUUGGCAUCUUUUCGAUUGAUGUUCCUUCUGUCUUCAUGUUGAAGCUUUCUGUCUUCACGUUGACUCCUUCUGUCUUCACGUUGACUCUUUCUGUCUUCCAUUUCAGGCCGAAAUUGUCAAGAGGUUAAACGGGAUCUGUGCUCAAGUGUUGCCCUAUCUUUCCCAAGAGGUAACUCCUCUCUCCCUUCUUCUUCUUUUUUUUUUUGCAAAUGGGGGAGAAUAGGGUUAGAUUUCAUCACUGAAAAAACAAAGAUAUUCCCCACCACUUUCUAGAGCAACUUCAUCUUUCCUAAGGAGGGCAGACUUCACUCGGCUUGCUUUUGGGCUUGGUGACUUGGCACACUCUUGGUGACAUCACUGGGAGUGUGACAGGGCCUAGUGUGACAGGGCACCAACCCCAUUCCUUCUCUCCCUACCAACCUGAAAGCCUCCUGUCCUUCACCCCAUACCUGACACACUGAAUAACAGUGUGCCGGACACCAGUGCUCCUGGGAUAUUGAGUUUCCCAGGGCACCUGAGAACUCAGCAGGGAAAACAGGGUGCCCUGGGAACUAUACCUCCCAGGGCUCCUUGCAUGCUCACAACCACACCCCAGGCCUUCCUCUCCAAAGUGCACUUUAGGAUGCUUAGAUUUCGGGGUGCCUGAUAUCACCGAAAUAUUUGGGCGCCAUGGGAAACCGCACAUCCCAGGGCUCCUUGCUGAUGUUCAGAGGCCCAAUCUACCUCUGAGCCAGAGGUGAACGUCUUGGGAAGACCUGACGUUCUGCUUGUAACAUGGCUGGGUGUGUAGGAGCUCCAGAAAUCCGAGUCCCGGGCAAAUCUCACCCUCGCUCCGGCAUUUAUUUUGGCUCGACCGCUGCCGAGUCCCUCUUUGAAACUGUUCCGUCCGUUGAUCUCCCCGCGUCCCUUGCUGCCCCCUUGUUCCUGGACCUCCUUGCUGCCCUACCAGUGGAAUAUGUGUGUGGUUUUGUUGUUAUUUGCUUUCUAUUUCUCCAGCAUCAACAACAGGUCCUCGGAGCCAUUGAACGAGCCAAGCAAGUGACAGCGCCGGAACUCAACUCUAUCAUCCGGGUCCGUGGCGUUCCGUACGGGAACUGGGCGGUGGGUAGGAGGGAAGAGCAUUGGCGCUCCUUCCCCUGAGAGGGAGGAGAGCAUAGUGGUUAGCGUUGGGCUAGGACUGCGGAGAGCUUACUUCGAUAACUAAAAGGGGGGAGGAAUCCUGCACGUUGCUUUUGCAUCUUGCUGAGAAUGUGCAAAUAAAUCACUAUUGCUUAUUAUUAUUAUUAGUGCUUUUUUUCUUGGGGAACGCAUACCCCGAAACAUUUCGUGAAUAUUUGUACUUUUGCUUGUCUACUGUAUUUAUUGUUCCCAAUUUGAACUAUAAAACGGUGGUUUUCUCGAGUCAAAAUGAGAGGACCCCUAAACAUUUUUUUUUCAGAAAAAAGCACUGGUUGUUAUUAUUAUUAAUACCGUGGUACCUCGGUUGUCGAACAGGUCGGCUCCUGAACGCCGCAAACCUGGAAGUGAGUGUUCCGGUUUGCGGACGUUUUUCGGAAACCGAACAUCAAGCGCGGCUUCCGAUUGGAUGCAGGAAGUUCCUGCAGCCAAUCAGAAGCUGCGUGUUGGUUUUCGAAUGGUUCCGGGGGUCGAAUGGACUCCCAGAAUGGAUUAAGUUCGACAACCAAGGUACCACUGUACCUGGAUUCCUGUGUUGUAAACUCCAACCUGGAGGGGAUAUGGGUGAACGUCUGCUACUCUUACACCCGCAAAGGUUUACUUGUUUAAAGCAAACUUUGCCUUGCAGGGGUUUUGGAGUACAGCUCCCAUCCGCUCCCAGUUUCAUACUGGCUGGGGGGCAGCUGAGAGUUGUAAUCUGAAGCCCUAGAUUGUAUCCAUUGCCUUCCGAAUGAGUCACUGCUCUGGGCUGGCUCUUCGUUGGCUACGGUCCUCACUUUCCUGGGGAGCAAGCGCCAUUUGGCUCAGCUUCUGAAGGAGCCGUCCCAACGACUCUGUCACGCUUGGGGCCAAACUCUGAAAAGAGCCCGAAAUCGGGGACUCGUGCAGGGAGACGACAGGCACCCUCUAGGGGGGUCGCCCCGCUGUGCAUCUCACUUGCUCUCUCCGCACCUGAUGUGCCGCAUGUACCCACUCCCUUAGCGGAGGCAAGGCAGAACAGUGACUCGUUCAGAAGCUCAACGGGCAACCUCUUGUGAAUUGAGCUAUGCGUUACUUGUCAUGUUGUUAUCCCGGCUUCUGGGUCACGGGGCAUGGCUCCCAGCCAUUUUAUCCUCGCAGCAACCCUGUAGGUCAGAGCUAAGAAGGCUCGCUGGCACCUCCAGCGGUUGUUGAACUCCCUUCCGCCUCAGCAAGCAUGCCUAGUGGUCAAGCUUGAUGGGGUUUGUGGGGAGCUACUGGGAAGCCCACCCCUGUUGGCUAGGCUGAGAGACGUAACAAGCGACCCAGUGUAAACGCAGCACGGACUGGGGAUCUGACACCACUUUUGAUUGCUUUCUUGUGGCAUUCUUGCGGCCCGUGACAACAUCAGCAAGGAGCCCUGGGAUGCUCAGUUUCCCGUGGCCCCUAAAUUUCAGGUUUGUUAGUACACUCCUGUCGUUUCCCCCCACCCUCCCUUUCCCAUCUUCCUUAAAUACCCACCUUGGCUCCUCUGCGAGUUGCCGUCGAAGACGUCCCCUCCAGACCGGCUACCCAAAAGGGGAAAGAACUGUUUUGUCUGCCCCACCCAAUAAUGGCGUUAACAAAAACCAGGGUAGUCAGACUUGAUUUAAAUCUUCUUUUUACAGAAAGACUCGUUCUUGUUGGCACAUUAUCAUAAUAUUUGCAACCAGAUGAAGGUUUCAUAUUUUGAAAUAAUAAAUUUUUCAGAGUAGUUUUUAAUCAAAAAUGACUGGUUUGGCUAUAACAGGGACAGCCAACUCUCCCAGAAUUAAAAACUGGCAGUGAUCUACAGCUUUGUUGCAGGGGGUUGGUUUCAGGUCAAAGUUGUGGAGCUUAUUUUGAAAGUUACCGUAUUUUUCGCUCUAUAAGAUGCACCAGACCACAAGGCGCACCUAGUUUUUGGAGGAAGAAAACAAGAAAAAAAAUAUUCUGAAUCUCAGAAGCCAGAACAGCAAGAGGGAUCGCUGGGCAGCGAAAGCAGCAAUCCCUCUUGCUGUUCUGGCUUCUGGGAUAGCUGCGCAGCCUGCAUUCGCUCCAUAAGACACACACACAUUUCCCCUUACUUUUUAGGAGGGGAAAAGUCAGUCUUAUAGAGCAAAAAAUACGGUAUUUCACAUGCUGCUGAGAAAAACGCCAAGGUCCCAACUGGAUAGGGUUUAGAUUUUUUUUAAUUCGAAAAACGGCCUAGGAUAGCAAAGUCUCUCCCUUCUGGAGUGGGGGAUAUUGGGCCACCGGGCACUUGGCUCAUGGGGGAAAUUGCAUCUUGGGUAUUUUCUGGGGCGGAAUUGUCCCCUCCCCCAUGUUUCUAAAAGUGGCUCCUGUGAACACAAGUUAUUGGGGCCCACAAGACCUUCUUAAAAGAGAUGUCUCUCCUUUUCUCCCGUAGACCAAAGAUACUUUAAGGUGUAGGACCUGCAACAAAGUGUUGCUGUGUAGUUUGUCACUGUUCAGGAUUCUGGCCGGCUAUGGUCUUUCCCAAAAUUCUCCAAUAAUAAGAAUAAUUUAUACCCCGCCCAUCUGGCUGGGCUUCCCCAGCCACUCUGGGCGGCUUCCAAAAAAAUAUUAAAAUACUGUGAUACAUCAAACAUUAAAAGCUUCCCUAAACAGGGCUGCCUUCAGAUGUCUUCUAAAAGUCUGGUAGUUCUUGUUUUCUUUGACAUCUGAUGGGAGGGCGAUCCACAGGGAGGGAGCCACCACCGAGAAGGCCCUCUGCCUGGUUCCCUGUAACCUCACUUCUCGCAGGGAGGGAACCGCCAGAAGACCCUCGGAGAUAGAUCUCAGUGUCUGGACUGAACGAUGGGGGUGGAGACGCCUCCUUCAGGUCUACUGGGCCAAGGCCGUUUAGGGCUUUAAAGGUCAGCACCAACACUUUGAAUUGCGCUCGGAAACAUACUGGGAGCCAAUGUAGGUCUUUCAAGACCGGUGUUAUAUGGUCUCGGCGGCCGGUCCCAGUCACCAGUCUGGCUGCCGCGUUCUGGAUUAGUUGUAGUUUCCGGGUCACCUUCAAAGGUAGCCCCACAUAGAGCACAUUGCAGUAGUCCAAGCGAGAGAUAACUAGAGCAUGCACCACUCUGGUGAGACAGUCUGUGGGCAGGUAGGGUCUCAGACUGCGUACCAGAUGAAGCUGGUAGACAGCUGCCCUGGACACGGGAGUUGACCUGUUAACUCCCCCUCCCUCCCCCCAAUGUUUUCCCUUCUCCACCCCACAUCAGUUGAUGAACAUGCCAUGGCUACUGUGCACGGCCAGUCCUCGCUUCGAUGUCUGGUUGGAGUGCCCUCCCAUUAACUUGCCCUUUUGGGCAAACUUCCGGGUUUUCUUCCCACACUGCCGACAACUCCCUCUUGGUGGCGGGUCAAAACUUCGCCGUCCCUGAUGCUUCACCCGAACCAGGAAUGGGGGCUCUGUGCGUUGUUGUACUACAAUUCCCAUCACCUGCAACUGGUGCACGUGGAGGAUGGACUUCGUAGUCCAGCAAAAUUUGGAAGGCCGCAGGUUCCGCAUCCCAGAGCUUUGCUGUCCCCGAUGCUUCACCCAAAACAGGAACGGGGGCUCUGGCUGUUGUACUACAAUUCCCAUCACCUGCAACUGGUGCUCGUGGAGGAUGGACUUUGUAGUCCGGCAAAAUUUGGAAGGCCGCAGGUUCCUCAUCCCAAAGCUUUUUUAAAAAAACGAAGCAUGCUCCCUCUGCUGUAGAAAUACUCCAUUUUGCCCGCAUGCGAACAGAACUGAUAAUGUGAUUUUUUUGCAGAGGUGGUUUGCAGUCCGCUCCCUUUGCAAGCCCCACUCACCCAUCCCUUUGUCCCCUCCCCUUUUCCUCUGCUUUCUCGUUUCCCUACAGCAGCAGCUCCAGGCUCACCAGCUCUCCCAGCUCCAAGCUCUCGCCUUGCCGUUGACCCCGCUGCCCGUGGGGCUGCAGCCCCCGUCGCUCCCGGCUGUCAGCGCCAGCACCGGCUUGCUGUCCCUGUCCGCCCUCGGCUCGCAAGCCCACCUCUCCAAGGAAGACAAGAACGGCCACGACGGGGACGCCCACCAGGACGACGACGGGGAGAAGUCGGAUUAGACCCGGUUUCGGCGGGGGGAUCCUGGGGCGGCGGUGGCACAAAAGGGGAAAGCUCAGUAAAAGUUGCGGUAUCCACUCCGGCUAGCGCUCGGUGGACCCGUUGGUGUUGUUUGGCAGGGGCAGGGAGGGGGAGGAGUUAGCCUGCCCCGCCCACCUCUGCAGCAAUAAUGUUUUUGGGUCCCCCCCCCUUUUUGGAAUUCCAGCCCCCCGUUGCCGGAGCAAUUUUACCCAGAGGCACAAUCCUGAUCACUCUACAAUGAAUUGCAGGUGAACACCACCCCGAUUAAUUUUGAUUUUUCUGUGUGGGAAUGCUUGCAUCGGAACGCUAGCUUCCCUCGACAAAAUUGCCACCACCUGCCAGCGGCUUGCCGGGAACUCUGUAUAUGCUCCAGGGCCACCCAUAACCGCUUGCUGUUCCGCACCUAGCGUGGCAGAAGUCCAAACAGUGGCUUUUUGCAGAAUCUAGGGGGAGAUCGUCCCGAGCCGCUGUAUAAGAGAGGCUGCUUUUUUGAGUUUUACAAAAUGGAGAACAACCGGUCUUCGCAGAUAGCAGGGGGGAAAUCAGGCCAUAGGUGGGAAUUCGUCAUGGGGUGGCUAAAUGCUUUGCAGUAGUUCUGGGGAAGUUUCCGAGUCCUGGUUGUCCAACAACGAAAAGGACCCCUCCAAAAAAAUUACCUUCUCCACAUCUAGUCAUUUUGAGACUUCUUGGUAGUUUUAAAAACCCACUGCCCUGUUUUAGGUGACCGAUGGUGCAGUCCUAACUGGGUCUACUCAGAAGCAAAUCAUAUUCAGUAGGGCUUGCUUCCAGGUAAGGGGUUAGGAUUGCAGCUUGACAAAUUAAAUAAACAAGUUCAAGGGGUCACCAGUGCAGCACCCAUGGGCCCCAGCGUGUCCCAUCACUCGCGAAAGGUCUCCGUAAAUAACGCCCUCAAAAAUUCGUAGCAUGCGAGAAACUUUGCUCUUCCUGCCCAGUUUGUGCUUCUACGGGCUCAGCUCUGUGGGCAGCCAAUUUGUGCUACGCUGCACUCCUUGCCACAGCCAUUUCGGGACUGGUGCAAAAUCCAUGCGCGCCCCCUGGCUCGAAACGGUUUGCGAGCCCUGCGUUAAGUGGCGCGGUUCGAAUCCCCGCAACGGGGUGAGCUCCCAUUGCUCGGUCCCAGCUCCUGCCAACCUAGCAGUUCAAAACCACACCAGUGCAAGUAGAUAAAUAGGUACCGCUGCGGCGGGAAGGUAAACGGUGUUUCCGUUUGCUCUGGUUUCCAUCACGGUGUCCCGUUGCGCCCGUAGUCCUGCUGGCCACAUGAUCCGGAAAGCUGUCUGCGGACAAACGCCCGCUCCCUUGGCCUGAAAGCGAGAUGAGCGCCGCAACCCCAUAGUCAACUUUGGCUGGACUUAACCGUCCGGGGUCCUUUACCUUUACCUAAGUGUUAGGAAAUCCGGCCUGCAAGGUGUGGCUUGUGGGGUGGAGAUGAUCUUUGGCGCUGCUCCCCAAGUUGCAUUAGACUCUGGUCUCCAAACCCCUCUUUUUCUGCAGCCCUCAAGGUUUUAGUAAGAAAGCAAGCAGAAAAAUUCCUGUACACCAACAUUUGCCCCAAGUGAUGUUUUCCGAACCACCAAACCAGUAGAGGAGAUGGCUUGCGGAAUGGAGAACCGUGCUUUGAUGUUCCUCCAAACCUUGAGCGUGCGUCGCUUCUGCCUAACCUGGGAAGGACGUACCUUCAGGGGCUGGUGGCGGCCCCCGAGACGUCUUCAUUCGGCCCCCCAGAAGCCUCCACAACUCGUGAUCCUUUGCUGACCCCAUUCCGCACAAUUCCCGAGUCCUUUGGCCCGGCUGGAAGGUGCCCUCCGAAAACACGUCCCGCUCGCCUCGAUGGAGAGGGUGGGUGUCAAAACUCGCCCGCUGCCUGUUUGCCACGCCCAGUUUCGCCUCUGGCCCCGCCCACCAGCAGGUUGCAGUCCCGCCCCCAGAAGGAAACCUGUCCGUCAAGCUGCCGGCAAAAAAAACCCCGGCAUUCCCGAACGCCGCCCCUGUUGUGCGUAGUACUACGCACGUGCCAACAAGCACCUAGGAAGUUUUUCGCGUUCCUUCCCGCGCUCGCCCCGUUACCCAUCAAGAACCUCCAUUAUCUGCCAGUCCUCUCCGGUUCGGAUUUAAUCCACGCUGCAACUCCCCGUUGCUUAACUUCCCCCGCCGUUCCUGCGCAUCGCGGCUCCCACAAGCGAUUUUUCUUUCUUUCUCUCUCUUGAUGCACACAUUCUUCAGAUCCCCUUCCCCGCCGGUGCAGUUUUAGACAAAUGAGCACCUUUUGUCCUUUUUAAUUUUUAUUUUUGCAUGUGUCUCGUUUUUAAGGUAGCACAGAAUCGGAAUUUUUUUAUAUAUAUCUAUAUCUAUAAAUAUAUAAAUAUAUUCAUCCCAUAUUCCUCCUUCCGGGUGACUUUUGACGUGGUGUCGGUUCCCCCCCCCCCAAAAAAAAAACACACACACCCUUCCUUAUCUGUGACCCACAUUCUUGCAAAUCUAGGUUCUUCCCAGUAUCCCAGCGGCUGAUGUCCUUUUCAUUAUUUCUUCCUCAUCCCCUGAAAGGUUUGAGUUGUGGGAAAGGGGAGAAGGGUGGUAAGGGGGGAGAAAAAUACGACAAUUCUCAACCCCCCCUCCUCACUUUUUGAUGUUUUUGUUUUGAACUCUCACUGUUGUCGUUUUUUUUUGAAAAGGAUACUGCAACUUUGUCUUCUCUUUCUGUAAGCUAGCUUGACUCUUUAUCCCCAACCCCAUUUAACGAAAGAAAUUUUAAGACAAAAAAAAAAGAGAGAGAUUUUCGUGUUUGUAUAUAUUCCUUUAGAGGAAGAGAGGAGAAAAAAAGGAAAGAAGGAAGAAAAGAAAAGAAAAAAGAAACCUUUGUUUGCUUCAUGUGUUUAUUAAUCACUUGACCUAUAUAUUAAGAGGAACUGAGAGAAAUUAAUUCUGUAUUAAGGGUGUCUUAGCUGUGCCUUUUUCAAAUAAAAGAAAUCAGAUGGUUGGUUAAAAUUGCA